AUGGGAACAAAGAAUCCAGAGAGACGUCCAUUGGCAUCUAUUAUUGCCAUGUUGGCGAAGCAAUGCGUGGAUAAUGAUCCGAUUCUAAGACCAAACAUGACGCAAGUGGUUAUAUCUCUCUCGCAGAUACUCUUGUCUUCCAUUGAAUGGGAAGCAACUCUUGCUGGAAACAGCCAAGUCUUUAGUGGUCUUGUCCAAGGAAGAUAA